AUGCCUUCGCCAUCUGAUUUUGCCGUGCCACCCGGGUCUCUUGUGGUAGUUACUGGGGCGAACGGUUUCAUCGCCAGCCAUGUCGUGGAUCAAUUACUUCAGCUCGGCUACCGAGUGCGAGGCACUGUUCGAUCGCUGAAGAGAGGCGGAUGGACGGUCAACUACUUUGGGAACAAGUAUGGCGCAGGAAAGUAUGAAGUGGUCGAAGUGGCGGAAAUGGGAAAUCCCGGAGCAUUCGACGAGGUGGUCAGAGGAGCAUCAGGGUACAUCCAAAUGGCGACACCGGUCAUGGAAUCGUACGACCCAAAUGUUGCCGUGCCCAAUGUGGUGAACGGAGUCCUUAACGGGUUGAAGGCCGCAGCGAAUGAGCCUUCGAUCAAGCGGUUUGUGCUAACAUCAUCCUCGACGGCUGCAACGAGCCCCAUCCCGAACAAAAAGUUCUCGGUCGACGAAAAGACGUGGAAUGACGACGUGGUGAAAGAGGCUUGGAAACCUCCGUAUGAAGGAGUGCAGAAGAAGUUGGACGUGUACACCGCCACCAAGACUGAGAGUGAAAAGGCAGCAUGGAAGUUCAUGGCCGAGAACAAACCAGGCUUUGUCCUCAAUGCCGUGUUGCCUAACGCCAAUAUUGGCAAAGUACUUUCACCUGAGAAUCAGGGUGCUCCCAGCACAGUCGGAUGGGUCAAAGCCCUAUGGGAUGGUUGGGAAGGUAACGAAGACCUGAGAGAGAAUCCUCCUCAGUACUAUGUGAAUGUGCAAGACAACGCAAAGGUCCAUGUCGGGGCACUACUCUGUAAGGAUGUCAGCAAUGAGCGUCUAUUCACCUGGGCGCAUCCGUAUAACUGGAACGACAUGCUGGCGAUUCUGAGAAAGCACUAUCCGCAGAAGAAGUUCAUCGACGAUGAUCCAAAUAUUGGAAGGGAUUUGAGCCAGGUCAGCAACCAGCGCGCCGAGGAGAUAUUAAAACGCUUCAGCGGCAGCGGCUGGACGAGUCUUGAAGAGUCGAUCGUCGAUGCGGCAUCUUCAUGGGCAGAGUCGCCCAAAUGA